GAUACUCUCAACUUUCACCCGACACUAGCCUAAACCAAAAAGUAGUGUUUUUUUUUUUCUUCAAACCAGACACAUCUCAGCUAAGAACAGCAGAAAAGUGCUGAAAGUGAAGCACAAGAAGAGAAAGGUUUGAUUCUGAAGAUGGGAACAACAAACCAGUUCAAAGAUCAAUCCAUAUCCUUCACCAAGAGGCUUGUUCCUUGGACUCUCUAUGCUCUGCUUCCCAUUGUUCUGCUUCGGUUAUACUUCUACCCUCUUCCCUUUCCUGCAUCUCCAGAACCUGAGCUUCCUCAUUCCACUCCCAACACCAUCAUCUCUCACACUUCUUCUUCUCCUCCUCCUCCUCCUCCUCCUCCAGAAAAGGAAAAAGCUCAGGAGAUCCCAUGUGACUAUUUCAGUGGCAAAUGGAUCCGUGACAGGAGAGGUCCUUUGUACAAUGGCACCACAUGUGACACCAUCAAAGAAAACCAGAAUUGCAUCAAGCAUGGAAGGCCUGACUCUGGCUAUCUUUACUGGCGGUGGAAACCAAGUGAAUGCAAUCUUCCAAGGUUUGAACCAAACAUUUUUCUCAAACUAGUUGAAAACAAGCAUGUAGCUUUUGUUGGGGAUUCUAUGGCUAGGAAUCAAUUAGAGUCCCUUCUUUGCAUGCUAGCCUCUGCCUCACCCCCUAACCUUGUCUACCGGAACGGUGAGGAUAACAAAUUUCGCCGCUGGCACUUUGCUUCUCACAAUGCAAGUGUUUCAGUGUAUUGGUCCCCAUUUCUUGUGCAAGGUGUUGAGAAAUCAAAUUCAGGGCCAAAUCAUAAUAAGCUUUAUUUGGAUCAUGUUGAUGAGAGGUGGGCUAGGGAUAUGGAUCAAAUGGACUUGAUUGUGCUUUCGAUUGGACACUGGUUUUUGCAUCCUGCGGUUUACCAUGAGGGAAGUUCAGUUUUAGGUUGCCAUUACUGUCCUGGUCUAAAUCACACUGAGAUUGGGUUUUAUGAUGUGUUGAGGAAGGCUUUAAGGACUACCCUUAAUAGCAUAAUUGAAAGGAGAGGAGGUAAAGACCAUGGAAUUGAUGUAGUUGUGACAACAUUUUCACCUGCUCAUUUUGAAGGUGAAUGGGAUAAGGCUGGUGCUUGUCCAAAGACUAGGCCUUAUAGAAAUGCAGAGAAGCAACUUGAGUGGAUGGAUGCUGAGAUGAGGAAGAUUGAGAUAGAAGAAGUGGAAGAUGCUAAGGGAAAAGCAAGUAAAUUGGGAGGGAUUAGGUUGGAGGCACUAGAUGUGACCAAAUUAGCAGUGUUGAGACCUGAUGGGCACCCUGGUCCUUAUAUGUAUCCUUUUCCAUUUGCUAAUGGGGUUCAAGAGCAUGUACAGAAUGAUUGUGUUCAUUGGUGCUUGCCUGGGCCUAUAGACACUUGGAAUGAGAUUUUUCUGGAGAUGAUGAAGAAGUGGCAGGAACAUCCUAGGAGUGAAGAGUGAGGUAUUUUUGUUUUAAUUUUUUGUUCUGGAUAUUGCACCGGAAAGGUUCAAACUUUGUUCUGGUAAAAGGAAGCAUUUUAUAGGGUAUACAAGGAUUUAGAGCCAUUUCCACUGGGAUUGAUUAGUGAUUGUGUAUUCUACUUGAGCUCUCUUCUUCUUUAAUGAAAAAGGAUAUAUUUCAUA